AUGGAUAUUACUUCAAGUGGUAGUGAAGCAUCAACCAACAAUCUAGUAAAAGAAUUUUUUUAUCUUGAUGUUUCCAUUCCAUUUAAUACUCAGGAAUUAUCAUGGAAAGAUUUAUCAAAAAUUAGUAUAGUUCCGUUUCAUAAUGAUGCAAUGUCAGCUAAAGGUGGUGCAAAAAAUGAUACUUUAUUUUUAUAUGGUGGAUUUACAGAUGUUUUAACAAUGGCAUUAGUUUAUACAUUUGACCCACAACAUAGUGUAUGGAAUAGUCAAGAAAUAACUGGAAUUAAUACAAUUAGAAAAUCUAGUUUAACAGGAGUGAUAGAUUAUAAUGGAAAAUUUUAUUUAUGGGGCGGAGUAACUAAUACAAUAAAUUUUAGUUGGGGAAAAGGAAGUUCAGUUAAUGCACCAACUAAGAGAUAUUAUUAUGGUGCUACUUUAUUACCCAAUAAUAAGAUUAUUUAUAUAGGUGGUGUGGAUGAUCUUACUUCCGCAUUUGAUGCUGAAACUUUAUAUAUUAAUAAAGGUACUGCUUUAUCAUUAAAAGAGGUUUAUAUAUAUGAUACAAUUAAUGACAAUUGGGACACAAAAAUAACAACAGGAAAAAUUCCUUCUAAUAGAGAUGGUUUCUCUACAAUUCUCGGUUUAGAUGGUCAAAGGAUCAUAAUUUAUGGAGGAGUUUUUAAUGAUCCUGGUGGAUAUGUAGAUACUACACUUUAUGUAUUGGAUUUAACAAAUUUUAAUUGGGAUAUUCCAAAAAUCACUGGAAAUACUAUUCCAAAGCCCAGAGCUUGGCAUAAAGCAAAUGCUAUUAGUAAAUAUAUGGUUAUAACAUUUGGGUAUGGUUAUAAUAGAGCAGUUGAUAGUGAUAUAUUAUUACUUGAUAUUAGUAAUAAUGAAGAAUAUGUAUGGACAACAUCAUUUGAUCCUUCAGUUCCAAAAUCAUCACAAACAUCCAAUAAUUCAUCAGAUAAUUCUAAGAUGGUUGGUGCAAUUGUAGGAUCUUUAUUAAGUGGUAUUUUCUUAUCAGUUGGAGGUUUCUUUUUAUAUAAAUGGAAUAAAAAAAGACAAAGCCAAAAUAAUAUUAAUAAUUAUAAUAAUUACGGUCAAGAAAAGGCAGUACCCACUGAUGGUUCUAAAAAUGAAAAUAUGACCAACCAUGAAGUAGUAAAUAAUGAUGAUUAUUAUGGACAAGAAGUAGUUACAGCACCUAAUAACGAUGGGUUUAAAUUCUUCAAGUUCUUAAAUAAAAAAUAA